UUUUGUUAAGCACACUCUCCACGCGCCAAUUAUCGAACCCAUCGCCCACUCUUUGUCCCUCUCUCUCCCUCUGCAACUUCAAAUGGACCAAAAUCCAAAACCCUAACUGAACCCAACCGCACAAUCACAGAGAUCCACAGCCCCAAAACAAUGUCAUUCACUUGCCUCCAGCUAUUAGUAAAUUCACCUCCGCGACCUCGACUCGCCCUCUACAUCGCCGCCGCAUCUUUCCCCAAAACCCCAGCCAUUCUCUCUCUCCCAAUCAUCAGUCGCAGGCAUUUCCCAAUCUCAAACAACAGUCCUGUAAAUCCCCAAAAUUUCAGCUCCCAUCAAUCUCGUCUUGGAGUGUACAACUCCGAUGCAACUCUGCAACCAAAUGACGCCGUCAGUGGUGCUUUCAAUUUGGACUAUUUCUUGUCGAUUGCGGAGUUUUUGUGCAUUACGUCGUCGGCGGUUGUUUCUAUUGGUUUCGCGGUCAAUUGCGCGGUUUUGAGCUUAAAGAAGACGUCUUUAGUGGCAAUGGGGAACUGGGUUUUGGCGUCUGGGGCUGUGGCGUUGGUAAUGGCCGUAGGGAUCGGGGCGUGGAUUCGGCGGCGGCAGUGGAGGCGAAUGUGCAGGGAGUCGGUGAAGGGUGGGAUGGAGUUGAAUUUGUUUGAGAGAAUUGAGAAAUUGGAAGAGGAUUUGCGGAGCUCGACUACAAUCAUUCGGGUUUUGUCAAGGCAGCUCGAGAAAUUGGGGAUAAGAUUUCGGGUUACCCGUAAGGCUUUGAAAGAGCCCAUUGCUGAGACUGCAGCUUUGGCUCAAAAGAAUUCUGAGGCCACUCGAGCAUUAGCAGCACAAGAAGACAUUUUGGAAAAGGAGCUUGGAGAAAUUCAAAAAGUUUUGCUGGCAAUGCAGGAGCAGCAGGAAAAACAACUUGAGCUAAUUCUUGCAAUUGCGACUUCUGGGAAGCUACGGGAAAGUAGACAGGUACGCGACCAGGAACAAAGUACCACUAUAGUACCUAAUUCAAGUGAGGAGGAUUUAAAACAGAAGGAAGCCCACCAAAUAUAGUCUAUUGAUGGAAGCAACGCAGACUACCAAGGAUUUUGGAGCUGCAAAUUCUCAUGUAACCGUUAUUCCAACGUUGUUGGUCACAAGCCAAAUACGUGGAUCUGUAUUCCGCUCAGGCGAUUAUCAAUGCAGCUUUGUCCCCGGGGGUAUCAGGUUUUCAGCCAAGAGAAAAGUUUCUUAGGCUUGUUGGACGUACGCAGUGCUGGGUGGUAAAGGAUAAACAACAAAGAAAGAAUAAUUGUAAUACAGAAUUGCAACCAUUUGAGCGUACAAUUGUAACAAUAAGGUAGGAAUGUAAUUUCUCCUCGCUCGUGUUCUGUAAUUGUCAAUUGCGUAAUCAAUCCGAUUUCGUGUCACGAUGUAUAUGUUUCUGGUUUCCCGGAUCAACUUGGUCUCAUGUAAUGCUAUCGGUUUCUAACUGACGCUUCAAAACC